AUGUCGACCGCAGUUGCAUCCGCAACUAUGGCUCCGAUGUCCUCACCACAUACCACCCGCGGCUCAAGCCCGAAGAACUGCCCAACCCUGGCUCCUCUAGGCGGCGUUCCGGCGAAUUCCUCUCCGUCCCGGAUGUCAACCAGCUCACACGAUGGCCCAGCCAAAGGGACACCCGAGAACAAAGAUCCGUCGUCUCCGUCGCAAGGUAGCGCCGGCUCUAAGGUCACUGUGAAGAAGGAACCGCCUUCGCCGCCGCGCAUGCAGAGUGAGGGCCGUAGGCCCAAACGUUUGGACCUGUCGAGCUUGUCAAACAACCGACCGUCAUCGAGCGGCCUCCAGGUGCGCCCGCCGGGAGGGCCCAUGACUGCCCGGGAGGGUAUCAUGCACAACGUGGGUCUGGCCUGUCUAUCACCCGGCUUUCAGACCGAUGAUCCCGCGAGGAAAGAGCAACUGCAGCGCAGCAUGUCCGUACGGGAGCAGCAACGGUCAAUCAUCGAGGCGCGUUUGCAGAAGUCGGCCAAGGAUGAUGGCCCGGACGGGGUCAAGCCGUCCGAGUCGAGAUUCAUGGCGAUGCCCAAGUCCGGUUCCAAGCGACGGCCUCCUCCCGGUCUUUCCAUCGUCCCUCCGUCCGCUUCUCAGUUCGCCAACGAGCGUGUGAUUCAAUCUGCCCCGCUGAACCAGACUUUCACCCGAUAUCAACCACAUCCCUUGACCCGCCAUGUAGCCAACCAGAGCCCGACACUGGGUUCGACAUCGCAUAUGCAUCACGUUCCCGCCACCCAGACGAACAAUCGCCUUCCUCCCCUCUCCGACGUCUUUGGCUCCGAUGCGUUGGGCCGCGACCGAGAUCGCCCCAGUCUGUACCCGAAUGCAUCCAGUACCAACUCGUCCCAGUCCAAUCUGGCUCCAUUGCCAUCGCCCGGUUUGCCCGGAAACAUGUCCCAGACUCCUACUCGGCCGCGCGAGUACCGCUCCGCUGAGGAGGCAGUCCAGGAGAUGUCCGGUGGACGGGACGAGCUGCUUCCCCGUAUUGUGCACUACGGAGGCCACCAACCGCCCACCCCCCCAUCUCCGCAUGCUGGUCAUGCGCCCCCCAAGACCGCACCCUUGAUCAGUGAAACGACCCCCAGCGCACCCCCAGCUCCUCCGAUGUACUCCACCGAUAGUACUGCCCGCCGUCGCCCUCGAAGCGAGUAUGAACAGGACAACGGGAGUCCUCCACUGGGUCAUGGUCCUGAUUCUCACUACCGGCCUAACCCUGCUGCGACCAUGGGACCAAACUCGACUUUCCCCGGUCCCUUCGGCGCAGGCAGGGACUCGCCGGAGACUCAGCGGAGGAAGAAGGAAGAGUUCCUUGGCUUAUGUGCACGGGCUUGGGAUUUGUUCCAUUCUUGA